UUCUCAGAGACAAAACCCUCGAAAGCUCUCGCUCUUCUUCUUCGCGAUCGAGGGAGAGAUCUCGAUGGAGUCGGUGGGGGCGGUGGUGGCGCAUAUACAGGGCCUUUCAGGGAGCUUCGACGAGGUAGCGCACCUUCAUUCUCUUCUGAAGCAGUCGGAGGACUACCUCACCUCUCAGGGCCCUCGUCUUGCCCUCUUCUUGGAACAGCUCGACCCUGCCAAGCAUUCCCUCGGUUACCUCUUUCUUCUUGAUGCAUGCUCAUCUGGACAAAUUUCGAGGGAGCAAGCCCAUGGAUUCCUCUUAUCUGUUGUGGACUUCAUCAAUUGUUGUUCUGUGGAACAGAUACGUUUGGCGCCUGAUAAAUUCAUAUCUGUUUGUAAGAGAUUCAAGGACCAGGUCAUGGAUCUUCAAGUGCCAAUACAGGGAGUAGCUCCUUUGAGGACAGCUGUUCGGAAACUUCAAUCUUCUUCUGAGCACCUAACUACUCUGCAUUCAGACUUUCUUCUUCUUUGCAUACUAGCAAAGUGCUAUAAGACUGGUUUAAGUAUUUUGGAGGAAGAUAUAUUUGAGGUUGAUCACCCAAAGGACCUGUUCCUCUAUUGCUAUUAUGGGGGUAUGAUCAAUAUUGGAUUGAAGCGUUUGGGCAAAGCUUUGGAAUAUCUUCAAAAUGCUGUUACAGCUCCAAUGACAAGUUUAAAUUCUAUUGCUGUUGAAGCGUACAAAAAAUACAUUCUUGUUUCACUCAUUCACAAUGGGCAGGUUCCGUCAUUCCCGAAGUAUACAUCUGUGACUGCCCAGAGAAAUUUAAAAACUUAUACUCAGCUGUACAUAGACUUGGCGAGUUGCUAUGCUGCGGGAAAAUUUUCUGAACUAGAGAUGUUCAUCCAGACAAAUUUGGAGAAGUUCCAAAAUGAUAGUAAUCUUGGAUUGGCCAAACAAGUUUUAGCAUCACUAUACAAACGCAAUAUCCAGAGACUAACCCAGACAUACUUGACUUUGUCACUUCAAGAUAUAGCCAACACAGUGCAGCUUAAGACAGCAAAGGAAGCUGAGAUGCAUGUGCUUCAGAUGAUUCAAGAUGGGGAAAUUCAUGCUACAAUAAACCAGAAAGAUGGAAUGGUCAGUUUUCACGAGGACCCUGAGCAAUACAAAACUUGUGACAUGAUUGAGCAUAUUGAUACAUCAAUUCAAAGGUUAAUGACGUUGUCGAGAAAGCUGAGAUCGAUAGAUGAACAUAUCUCCUGUGACCCUGCCUAUUUAACAAAGGUUGGGAAAGAGAGGCCAAAAUUCGACUUCGAUGAAUUUGAUCCUGUCCCCCAUAAGUUUCUGUGAAUGAGUCACUUUGUGAGAGUUACUUAGUGCUGUGUAGUUGCAUCACAAUGCAUUGUUGUCACUUGAGCAUCUUGGAAAAUAUUCAUGCCUUGAUGGGAAUGGAAUUUUUGUUUUUCAGUUAUUCA